GUUCAUGAAGACACCAAACAAGUGGACUUUCACAAGAGAAUUGCCCGAUCAGAAAGUGCAGCCUACUGGCUCUGGGCGGGAGAGGCGGCCGAUCUCCCAUAACAGAGCUGACGGGCCAUCAACAAUAUCGAGCAGAUGUCCCGCUACCCCCCCCUCUGGACCGGUGGGGGUGAUCCCGGUCCCACCCCCCCCGAGUGGAUACCCUAACAGGAGUCCGGGGAGACACCAUGAUGACAUGCGUUCCACCAGCCUCAAAGCUACAGCACCUACUGCCAUGACUCUGCUGGAGAAAAUUUUCGGGGAUUUCUGGCAGAAGUAGAAAGCAGGCUGCCUCGGGCCACCCCACAGCGGUUGAGUGUUCCCACAACGCAAGUCGCAAUAGAGACGACUACAUACCCACCCAGAGUGCAGUCUGUGCAACUCGACCGGGAACCCAGGAAAACUGCGUACAAGGCGCUGGAGCAGGCCCCAAAAUGGCAGAAUUGUGCACGGCGUCCCCAUCUAAGAAUCAGUACAAAGCAGCACGGAAGAAGGAGCCACGGAGGGGGCCGAAGCUACAAGCACGCAUGGGACCCACAACACAAAGUAGAUCGCCGGCUGCUGGACAACGGCGCAGUGAAGCUUCCCAAGCUUCAGAUGUUGCCCAUCAAGCUACAGUGGCACAACGACGCUGGAGGAGACCCAAGGUGGAGCGGAGGGUUGGUGACCCAUUAAGGUGCAGCACAACUACUCUGCACCACAAACCAAGUAAGCCACUGCUACCGCUAGCAAAGCUCAGACAGACGUUGGACACCUUGCCGGAAUACUAUUGUAAACUUACCUGCCCCCACUCCUGCGGGCUGCUGGGCCUGACACCGGGACUCUCAUGGCAGAACUUAGUCUGACUCCAACGGGGAAUUGGCUGACCCUACAGAUGAGCUGAGGAUUCUCCCACCCCUGGUAAGUAGUUCCAAGGGCACCCUCAACAGACUCAGAAGUUUUUCUUUUUUUUUUUUAAGUGCCUUUUUGUCUUGCACGAGUGGGACUCACAAUUUAAGGGUCUUGAGGGCCUCCGAGGGGUUAUUCGCAUUUGUAGUCACUCCUGAUGCAUAUACCCUAUUGCUGUUUAAACCUUUUUUUUUUUCUUAGUUUUUAUAUGCACUGAGCUUUCCAUGCCUAUACUUAAUCCUUCUCAUGUAUAGACAACAUCGCUGAUAGCCAGUAUAUAAUGUUCUGAGACGUUUGCCUCGCAUGGUUAUACCUUUGUAUUACUUAGCAUCUGAGCACGCAUACUAAUGGAUAGGUCACUGUGUCACGAGAAUUGUUAAUCUCUAUAACAAGAGCAACAUGAUUGCCAAGCAGGCUAUAUCUAUGCCUAUUUGUUAUAACAUACUGCCUGGACCAAGCAUACUGUCGACUACACACUAGGCUGUGUCUCAUACUUCUGUCUGACUGCACACUGCAGUACUAUGCUCGCCAUGAUUAUUCAUUAGUCCCGGACCUUCCUAAGCACAGAUACCUAUCAUCCAACCCACUACUACUAAGCUGAUCGUGUAAAAUAAACUAAUGUCCCUCGCCUGUUUCCUACUGUUGCGACACUCAGCUACUCUACCUAGUGUACUAUUCAUCACGUCUUGCAUGUUUAGCGUUUUAUGUUUUUUUUCUUGAAAAAAGUAUUUCCAACUGUCAUGACCUACAAUUAGACGUGUAUGCAUAGCCUGCCUCUAUGUACACCUAAAAUGUGCCAUUACUCUAAUGUCAUAUGUGUGAAACUCUGUGUUAUUGUAGUGCUUACAUACGCUGUUGUGGCAAUGUAAGAUGUUUUGUUACUUCAUGCACAACAAAAAUAAAGAAUUUUAA